GGAUCUAAGCAUGGUUCAUGCUGCGGCUAUGGCUCAGGGGAAAAAGAGACCAGCGGUCCCCCCUCCUGAUGGGGGCUGGGGCUGGAUGAUUGUGGCCGGCUGCUUCUUGGUCACUGUCUGCACACGUGCCGUCACCAGAUGCAUCUCCAUCUUCUUUGUGGAUUUCCAGAUGCACUUUGGAACGGACUAUUCAGGGACAGCCUGGAUCCACAGUCUGGUGGACUGCACCACUAUGCUGUGUGCUCCUCUAGGCAGCUUCAUUGGGAACCGUCUGUCGUGCCGCAUCGCUGUGAUCCUUGGUGGCUUUCUGUCCUCUAUCGGCCUGGUCCUCAGCUCUUUCGCUACCAGCCUGGAGUACCUGUACCUCACCCUGGGGGUCCUCACAGGUAUUGGAUUUGCCCUCUGCUACACCCCUGCCUUAGCCAUGGUGGGCUCAUAUUUCUGUGAGAGGAAAGCCCUGGCGUACGGGAUCGCCAUGUCAGGCAGUGGCAUCGGGACCUUCAUCCUGGCCCCUGCCGUCCAGAUACUCAUAGAGCACUACUCAUGGCGUGGGGCCCUGCUCAUCCUAGGGGGUGUUGUUGCCAACCUGUGUGUUUGUGGGGCAUUACUGCGCCCUAUCACUCUGAAAGAAGAAGAGGAGGCUCAUGGUCCAGUCCCGUUGGACACCGAGUGUGGAUAUGGGGUGAAAGCUCCGGUGGAUAGCAUGUUAGAGGAAUCACUGGCGAUCAACAACAACAACAACAACAGCCACCGCUGCUUCUGCUUCCAGUCCAUGCAGGAGUACUGCUUCCUGCUCAUGCCUGACUUCCUGAUGCUGGCAGUGAGCUUCUUGUUCCUAGCCAGUGGCUGCAGCCUGCCCUUCGUCUACCUGGUUCCAUAUGCACUGGACGUGGGUGUGAGCCACCACCAGGCCGCCUUCCUCAUGUCCAUCCUGGGGGUCAUUGACAUCGUGGGGAACAUCACCUUCGGCUGGCUCGUAGACAGGAGGUGCCUGAAGAAGUAUCGUAAUGUGUGCUACAUGAUAGCAGUGGGCAUGGAGGGGGUGUGCUGCCUCUUCAUCCCUCUCCUGCGGACGUUCGCCCUGCUGGUGCCUUUCUCUGUGUUUUAUGGGUACUUUGAUGGCGCCUACGUUGCCCUCAUACCUGUGGUGACCUCGGACAUUGUGGGGACACAUAACCUCUCCUCCGCCCUAGGGAUAGUCUACUUCCUACAUGCCAUCCCUUACCUGCUCAGCCCUCCAAUAGGAGGCUGGCUGGUUGACACCACAGGCACCUACACGGCCACCUUCUUCCUCAGUGGCUUUGCCCUCAUCUCCAGCUCCCUGGUCAUCAGCACGGUGACGGGGAUACGCCACUGUCGCAGGACCCAAAAGUACAGAAACAAAAAUAAAAACACAGACCCCAAACAGGAGCCUUGCCGAUCAGACUUCUACACAGCCUCAAGUAAAGACGUGAACCCUUCAGUCAACACAGCAAAUUCUUAACAUUGGACACUUUUCUGUAAUUAUGCAUUUGUUUUGUUAGAAUACCAAAGUACAUUGAAGAUUAUGAGAAACGGUCAUCAAUUGGUACACAUAAUCUAGCGUGAUAGUUCAGAAUUGGGAAUGACUUCCCUCAGAUGCUAAAUGGACACUAAAUGGAAGGUAAAUACAGUAAUUCUGCCAUAACCAGAUACAUUUUAGCCAAAAUAUGGACUUUAAAUAAUCUCUCUAUCA